AACAAAUAAUAAAAGGGUCAGAUCCAAGACUGUGUAGCUUAGCUACCAUACCAUACCCAAAAAUCCCAAUCAACACACCAACACGUCUCAAACGCUCAUUACCUCUCUCUCUCUCCUCGCUUUCUCUCUCUAUAAAGAACCAGAAGAACAAGAACCCAUAACCAAUCUCUCAAUCUCAAUUACAUGUAAUAAUAAUCCCAAUAAUCAUGUUUGUUAACAAACUCUUCUUGUUCUUGUUCUUUUCUUUUCUUGUUUUGAUCCUCUGUGGUCGAGUACACUGUACCCGUUUAAUCACUGACCAAUCCUCGGUUCUUAAUCCGGUAGUAUCUGAUGAUGAUGAAUCCAAUAUUAUCCGUCUUAAUACUUUAACGACGUCGUUUUCAACGGCGGAGGAAGUUGAAUCCACAUGUGAACAGUCAUACGGUUUCUUACCGUGUACCACCACUGCUUUGGGUAAUAUGUUUCUCAUACUCGUCUAUGGCUUUCUCAUGUUCACUUCCGCUACAUACCUCUCUAAUGGCAGUGAGCUUUUGCUUGAGAUCCUUGGCCCUGGUCUCAUUGGUGGAUUGUUUCUUCCCAUACUCGGUGCUCUUCCUGAUGCCAUGCUUAUUCUCGUAUCCGGACUUUCUGGAACCCCAGAAGUUGCCCAAAGUCAGGUUUCUGUUGGAAUGGGAUUGCUAGCAGGGUCAACUGUAAUGCUCCUUACUGUAAUAUGGGGUACUUGUAUUGUUGUUGGCAAGUGUGAUAUCGAAAAUUCGGCUGCAAAAGAUUCAACUGAUACGAAAGGGUUUAGCUUGGCAGCCUUGACCGGUUCUGGAGUUAGCACGGAUAUUUGGACUAGCUAUGCUGCUGUGAUUAUGGCCAUAUCUGUUAUCCCAUUUCUUAUCGUUCAACUACCUCAAGUUAUGAGUUCUACCUCUGGAAGACAUUUAGCUGUGUUGAUUGGGCUUAUCGCAUCGGUGUUGCUAUUGAUUUCUUAUUGCUUGUAUCAGGUUUUUCAGCCUUGGAUACAGAGGAGGCGAUUGGAAUACGCUAAGCAUAAGCAUGUUAUAUCAGGAAUCUUGAAACAUUUAAAGACAAAUAAGAGGCUCCUUAGUGAUGAUGGUGAACCUGAUGUAGAGGUUAUAUCAAAAUUGUUUGACAAAAUUGAUGCGGACAACGACGGACAUCUUUCUACUGCUGAAAUAAGAGCGUUGAUUAUUGGAAUUAAUUUCAAUGAGAUUGACUUAGACAGUGAUGAUGCCGCGAACAAAGUGAUGUCUGAUUUUGAUACAUCCAAUGAUAGAAGGGUUGAUAAGGAAGAAUUUGUUAUUGGUAUUUCUAAAUGGCUUACUGAAGCGAAGCGUUCGCGGAGACAGGGGAGUGUCUCUUCCGACCCUGUUGAUCAUUUCCAUGAGAAAACAAAGAAAGACCUUUUGGGAGGCCAUGAUCAAAGUGAUGAGCUCGUAGAAGGUAUUGUGAAUGCUAAAACUAUAAUAGUGAAAGCAGUGUUGUAUUUGUUGCUUGGAACCGCGAUUGCAGCAGCUUUUGCAGAUCCCUUGGUGGACGCCGUCGAUAACUUCUCAAGUGCUACAAGCAUUCCCAAGUUUUUCAUCUCAUUCAUUGCACUACCUUUGGCUACCAACUCUAGUGAGGCUGUUUCCGCAAUAAUAUUCGCUACAAGGAAGAAGAAAAGAACUUCCUCCUUGACCUUUUCCGCGCUAUACGGGGCGGUGACAAUGAACAAUGUACUUUGUCUAUCGGUUUUCUUGGCCCUUGUCUACAUUAGAGGACUAACAUGGGACUUCUCAUCUGAAGUUCUUGUCAUUUUCAUAGUUUGCACCAUCAUGGGUCUGUUUGGCAGCCUUCGAACCACAUUCCCUCUGUGGACGGCUUCAAUCGCGUUCCUGCUCUAUCCAUUCUCGCUCGCUCUGGUUUAUGUUCUCGAUUACUUCUUCGGCUGGUCAUAGGCUCGACUCUCUUAACUCAUUAUGUAUAAGAGUUGUGUUAGCAUUCAAAGAGGGUAACUCUUCAUUUUUCUGUAUUCAGAUCAGAACACCCUCUUUUCCUAUUUGGAGUAUUAUUAGUGUUUGGAGACUCAAAAUUAUGUAUCUGAAUCUUACUGCAUCAUAUGAUUGGAGCAGUUACUGCCUCAUCAAAUUUUCUAAUAUAUUUUUAUUUAUAGUA